AUGAAGGUAGCUAGGGCACUGGUCCCAGGGGGGGUCAGGCUCAUUCUCGCGGCGGAGACCUUCGCUCACCACGCCCCUCUGCCCGGCUACCUCGACCACAUCCCCCGCCGCCAGGCCCUCGUGACCACGUGCGGGCGCACGACGGUGACGAUCCGGUCGCAGUACCUGGGGCCGUACGACCUGCACAACAACAUCUACAACAUGACCUUCUAUAACGGCUGCGCCUACAACGUCACCAGCCCGCUGCGCGUGUGGCAGUGCGCCAACUUUGGCAACGUGUGGGAGGGCAUCCUCGACAACCCCGGGCCCAACCCCACGCAGUACCAGACAGGCGACAUCUUUGUGCAGUACUCGACGGGAUACUGUGACAUGCACUUGAACCGCGGUGCUGACGGCACUGUGCAGAUGUUCCCCGGGGAGACGGUGAACAUUGUGUAUGCGUGGACCAGUGACUGGCGCCCCUGCGCGUCCGAGCUGCGCUUCAGCAACGGCAACAGCUACUCCAUGACCAACAUCUCCGAGUGCCAGUCCGCUGCUGUCAUUUAG